GCACAGACACACACACACGCACAGACACACAUGCACACACAGGCGCUCUCUCUGUCAAUCGCAUCUUUCUCCCUGUAACGCUCUUGGUUUUCAUCCUCACCUCCUUCCUCUCAUGCUGUCUCUCUGAGUUUAUCUCCGUCCGUCUCUCCCUGGGUCUCUCUCCCUCCAGCUCUCAUUUCCCCCCCGACUCUUAUUCUCUUUUCUCACCCACACCUCCUCUCUCCUCAUCCUCACUCUGCACCUCUCUCUCUUUCUCUCUCUCUUCCUUGAGGACACCUCUCUCCCCUCUUUCUCCCUCUCUGCUGCUUCUCUGUCUCCUCCCAGCUCUUCAGCCUGCUGGGUGGCCCACUGUCCACACCCCACUGUGCCCCUGGCUCUUCAAGAGCCCUUGGAGCCCGGUGCCUGGGUGACACAACUCUGAGGUUCCUGUGGCAUCUGUUGGGGGGGGCUGGGGUCACAGCAUUUCCUCCAGGGGGUGACUUGGCAGUGCUGUGCUCUUUCCUCACUUCUGCAAUUCCGGACAGCAGCACGGAGCCAGGGGCUGCGGACACAGAAACUCAGACCUCGCAGUGGCAGCUGCUGCUUCUAGACAGAUCCUAGCCAGAGGAAGACUCAGGUUUUGCAGGAUCCUAAAGCUUGUACCCUUUGGGGGUCCCUCUUUGAAGAAAAGACACCAAAUUAUAAAUAUACAUCUAGAAGCAAGGCCCAGGAGGGGAUCUCGAAGCUUUAUCAUCAUUGACUUGAUGGCACAGGAAGGAUCCUAUGACCAGCUGCCCCCUCCAGCCCAUAAGGAUGGAGCCAAAUGAUUCCUGGCGUGUGGACUCUGAGUUCCGAUACACACUCUUCCCGAUUUUUUACAGCAUCAUCUUUGUGCUGGGGGUCGUUGCCAACAGCUACGUGCUGUGGGUCUUUGCCCGCGUGUACCCCUCCAAGAAAUUGAAUGAGAUAAAGAUCUUUAUGUUGAACCUCACCAUGGCGGACCUGCUCUUCCUGGUCACUCUGCCCCUGUGGAUCAUCUACUACUACCAUGAGGGCAACUGGAUUCUUCCCAAAUUCCUGUGCAACCUGGCUGGCUGCUUCUUCUUCAUUAACACCUACUGCUCAGUGUCCUUCCUGGCUGUCAUCACUUACAACCGCUUCCAGGCCGUGACACGGCCCAUCAAGACCGCUCAGGCCACCACCCGCAAGCGUGGCAUCUCUUUGUCCCUGAUCAUCUGGGUGGCCAUGGUGGCCGCCGCCUCCUACUUCUUCGUCCUGGACUCCACCAACAUCGAGCUCAGCAAGACCGGCGCGGGGAACGUCACUCGCUGCUUUGAGCAUUACGAGAAGGGCAGCAUGCCCGUACUCAUCAUCCACAUCUUCCUCGUGUUCAGCUUCUUCCUCGUCUUCCUCAUCAUUCUCUUCUGCAACCUGGUUAUCAUCCGCACGCUGCUCACACAGUCCGUGCAGAUGCAGCGCAACGCAGAGGUCAAGCGCCGGGCACUCUGGAUGGUCUGCACGGUCUUGGCUGUGUUCAUCAUCUGCUUCGUGCCCCACCACAUCGUGCAGCUGCCCUGGACCCUGGCCGAGCUGGGCUUCCAGAGCGGCAACUUCCACCAGGCUAUUAACGACGCGCAUCAGAUCACUCUCUGCCUCCUCAGUACCAACUGUGUCUUAGACCCCAUCAUCUACUGUUUCCUCACCAAGAAGUUCCGCAAGCACCUUUCUGAGAAGUUCUACAGUUUGCGUGGCAGCCGGAAAUGCUCCCGGGUCACCACAGAGACGGGCACAGAAGUGGUCGUGCCGCUCAGCCAGGUCCCUGUCAAUUCCCUCAAAAAGUAGCAGGCCCAGAGGCUUCUCCUUCAUGGACAUCACGGACUGAUCUGGGGGAAAAAAGGGGUGUUCUCUGUGGUCCUGGCACCUCCUCCCUGGGCACCGGUGGCCUUUUAGGUAUGGAGGCUGCCUCAUUGAUGUGGAGACAAAGGUAGAGCCAGACUGCUGGGACAUCCAGAGCUUGAAUGAGCCCCAUUCAGCCACCUUGGGCACUUGCCCUAAUAACCUUGGCAGGUAACCUCAUCCUGAGCGCCUGAGUCUGAUGGCACUGGGAGGAAUUUCAGGACCAGGAGCAUCCGUGGGCACAGACCCUGAGCCACCCAGUUGACCCCAUCAGCGCAGCAGUCCCAGACUCAUCUGGGAGUCUAACCUAACAUUUUGGGCAGCUACUCCUUUUAUCACUCUCAAGACAGAUCAGGGGUUAUGGAACAGGUGCUCCCCAGGCGGUGUGGCACUAUCUUUGGGACAGACUUUUUAGCUAGAAUUGUGCCACGCAAGGUCUUUGGGACACUUCUUAGGGGAACCUGCUCCUGACUCACCUUCCCUGCAUGGCAACCAGGGAAGAUAAAACACACGUAGGUGGAAAGUUAGGACGGGGAGGGAGCCUGUUUCCUGAGGCAGGUGUGUCUUUCUGCACAGGUCUGGGUCAGCUCUGGGGCAGUGGGAGAGAUAAAACCACCACAUCCGUUUUUUCAUCUCGACAAGGGACUCUGAUGAAAUAGCUCCUGUGGGGCAGCCACCCACUGUGGGUGAGCAUAGCUUCCUCAAAACCAAACAGGCCAUCCAGACCUCCGCAGUGCACGGAGGCUUCCAAGGGGAAGGGCGCUUGGGCGGAGAAGUGUCUCGGGUGGGUGGGGCCUCCAGAGUGGAAGGAGCCGGUCAGCUCUUCUCCCUACCUCACUUUCGGGGGGGGGGGGUCCCUCUUGCCUUAGCUUCCAGGGGGUGAGGGGGCAGCUAUGAUCCCGAGGGCAGGCAGGCGCUCUGAAUUCUGGGCACAGACCAGACCAGGGGCUUAGAGGAGGCUUUCCUGGUUUCCAGAGCCCUGUGGUCCUUCUGAGAACGCUUCCCCCCUUCCAGCCAGUGUCCCCACAAAGCCAGGAUCCUUGUUUCCUGGAUACUGCAUUGAUCGUCAUAACUGCCUCCCAGAGACCUGCUUGAGUCUGGAUGGGAGCUGCUGGUGGGAUGGAGCAGACAGGGACUAGAGGGACCCAGCCGAGUACUUGAACUUUGGUAUCACAGAGACCAAGCUUCAAGUCAUGGCUUUGCCACUUCCUGCCCAGGGACUGUGAGCUGAAUUUCCUACCUCAUAGAGUUGUUACGAGGAGCAGACACUUCUUGCUCAGGGUGAGUGCUCAUCCCACAUUUUCCCUUUUUUUGAGAAUUUGUUCCCCCUAAUCCUCUGAGGGCAGCUGAAGGGUGAGCUCCUGGCUCUAGUGGGGCCAGUCGUGUUCUCUCUCAGGGAUAAGUGGCAAGAUUCAGGGAUGCUUUCUUUCUUUCUUUUCUUUCUUCCUUCCCUCCUUCCUUCCUUUCCUCCUUCCUCCCUUCCUUCCUUCCUCCCUCCCUCUCUCUCCCUCUCUCUC